AUGACCCCUUUCCACAAUGUCGCUCUUCUCGGCAAAGGCAUGCUCGGGACAGCAGUUCUUGAACAGUUGGUCGAUAACGGCUUCAACGUUACUGUCCUCAGCCGCGAUCCCUCCAACGUCAAAGGCGUGCCCUCCGGCGUCCAAGUAGUCCAAGUCGACUACGCCUCCAAAGACAGCCUCGUAAACGCUUUGAAAGGGCAGGAUGCCGCGGUUUCUACUGUCGCAGGAACUGGAUUGUCUGAUCAGAAGCUCAUCAUUGAUGCCGCCAUCGAAGCUGGGGUCAAGCGCUACAUCCCAUCCGACUUUGGCUCGUUCACAGCGGACCCCAACGCACGAGACCUCCCGAUGAUCCACGUCCUGGUGGGGAUUCAGGAUUAUCUGAUCGAAAAGGCUGAUACUGGCGCUGUUGAGUACACAACCUUCUCAAUCGGUACCUUUCUAGAGUAUGUCCUUGCGACUCCUAUGAUAGCCGACUUAAAGAAUCAUUCCAUCGAGCUUCACGAUCAAGGCGUGCAUGCCUUUAGCUGCACCAGUGUUGCUGGCAUCGGCAAAGCCAUUGCAAACGCCCUGAAAGUCCCGGACGCAACAAAGAACCGCUCUUUCCACAUCCACGAGGUCGUCCUCACUCAGGCCAAGAUACUAGAGUUGGCCAAGAAACAUAGUCCCCCUGGGACUCAGUGGACAGUGACUGAGGUUAACGCCCAGGAAGCGCUAAGUCGGGGUCUUGAAAAGACUAAGAACGACACCAAUGGCGUCAGCGUUGGCCUUUCGCUGAUCAAGGCUGCCGUAUUGUCUGGCAAGUAUAAAACCGCGUACGACAAAGUCGACAAUGAGCUUCUGGGUAUCCGUCUUCUGGCAGAUGACGAGAUUGAAGCGAAGAUUGCUGCUCUUGUUUGA